CUCUGAUCUCCAAGUCCAACUCUUGGCCCAGUCCAACGUUUUACUUUCAUUCGACCCACUCACUCCACACGAACCGGUGGACUCGCACUCUUUCACUAUUGAUUGUCAGAUCCUGCCUGGACUGUGCAAACCGAUCUUACGUCCUAAGGAGUUUUCUCCGACCAAUUGCGACUUGGCUCGCUAAUUAGAGCUGCCGGCAGUUCGGGCCUCGUUUCUAGUCCUUCUUUUAAAUCCCCAUGCCUUUCCCAACCUUCAUGUCCGGACGACCUGGCUUAACGGAGAAGCGCCUGUCGGCUCAUCGCUUCCAGCAGCUUCCCGACAUGACACCUGACAUGGCGAAUCCUAACGACGUCACUAUCGAAAUACCCUUGAACCCGGUGCCGAGUCGGAAUCAGACCGGCGCCCGCAAAACGAGUAGCAAUAUCGGAGGCUCGCCAAGCCCGUUUCAACCCCCGGGAGACGACAAAAAUGGCGGCGAGAAGGAGGGGUUGGUCGCGCCCAAUCCAGGGAUGCGUCGGCGGAUUGACGAGAGCACAGGGCGUUCGCUCGAAGAUCCGGAGGAUGGCACAGUCACACGCAUGGGCCUGAUCUACCAGGCGGUCCUCAACUACUCCGUCGUCACUCGAUACUUCAUCUAUGUGGCACCGAUUGCACUGCUGCUUGCCAUUCCCAUCAUCGUGGGCGCCACGGUCGCGCAGGACGCGACUAUCGGUGGCGUGACCCUGCCGUGGUUCUGGUUCUGGAUCGAGAUCGUUUGGGUCAGUCUGUGGUUAUGCAAGCUGGUUGCAAAGAUCUUGCCGUACAUCUUCCAGGCCCUCUGCGGGUUCGUCAGCUCGGGCACUCGCAAGUACGCUUUGAUCCUGCGGAAAUUGGAAAUGCCGAUUGCGACCGUGUUUUGGUGCGUGGUGUGCUUGGUUACGUUCUUGCCGGUCAUGACUCAAAAUCCACACCAAAAAGCCAAGGGCGACACGUCUACGAAGUCCUGGGAGAAAUCUGUCAAGAACAUUCUGUUUGCUCUGUUCGUCUGCAGCUUGAUCUUUCUGGCGGAGAAAGCCAUGGUGCACCUCAUCUCGAUCAGCUACCACCGCAAGCAGUUCGACGCCCGGAUUAAAGAGUCGAAACGCAAUGUGUAUCUGGUAGGACUGCUGUUCGACGCCUCGCGCCACAUGUUUCCCAUGUACUGCAAGGAAUUCCGCGAGGAGGAUGCCGCCAUCUCCGACUCGCUCCUCCGCACGGCAGCCUCCAAGACCAGGCGUACUAACAGCUCGGCGCCUCUUCGCAUGAUCCGGGAGGUCGGUCAGAAUGUUCACCACUUCGGUAACAAGGUGACGGCGGCGUUCGGAGACGUCGCCCAUGAGUUGACUGGCAAGCAAGUCUUCAACCCCACGUCCACCCGGUCCGUGGUGACCCAAGCGAUGGAACACCGACGGACGGCCGAGGCUCUUGCCCGGAGAAUCUGGAUGUCUUUUGUUAUCGAAGGGCGUGAGGCGCUGUACUUUGACGACAUCUGCGAGGUUCUCGGCGCGGGAAUGGAGGCGGAGGCAGAGGAAUGCUUCGCCAUGCUGGAUCGCGACGGCAACGGCGACAUCAGCUUGGAAGAGAUGAUUCUGGCCGUGGGAGAAGUCCGCCGGAUGAGAAAGUCACUGAACAACAGUCUGCACGAUGUCGACCAGGCCAUUCACGUUUUGGACAACCUCUUGCUCACCGUGGCGGGCAUUAUCGCCAUCCUUGUUUUCGUGUCUUUUGUGACGACCGGCUUCGGUACCGUCAUCGCGGCGGGUGCCACCUCCCUACUCUCCCUCAGUUUCGUCUUCUCGACCACCGCCCAAGAAGUUCUCGGCUCGUGCAUCUUCCUCUUCGUCAAGCAUCCCUUCGACGUAGGCGACCGCGUGGAAAUCAGCGACAAGCCAUACUUUGUGGAGCGCAUCUCUCUGCUGUACACCCUGUUCCGGAACGUCAACGACCACCGCAUGACGCAGGUUCCCAAUGUCGUCCUCAACACGCUCUGGAUCGACAACUUCACCCGCGCCAACGCCAUGCACGAGCGUCUCACCAUCCCCGUCAGCUUCGCCACCACCUUCGCCCACAUUCAGCAGCUCCAAGAGGAGAUGGAGGCCUUUGUGCGCGACAAGGACAACUCUCGCGACUUCCAGCCAGAGGUCACCAUCGACGUGGUGGGCCUGGGCGACAUGGACAAGAUGGAGCUGAGCGUGCUAAUCUGCCACAAAUCCAACUGGUCGAACGAGGCCGUCCGCGCUGCCCGUCGGUCCAAGUUCAUGUGCGCUUUGAUCACCGCCGUGCGCAAGGUCCCGAUCCGCGCCCCGGGUGCCUCCGACGACGACGACAAGAAAGACGAGCUCAAGGACGACGACAAGUCAGAUACCGCCCUCGAGGACCAGACCCUUCCCGUCCGCCAGGUCUCCAUCGCCAGUGAAGGCGUGAGACGGGCCAACACCACCGCGGGAGUCCCCUUCAGCGAGUCCCGAUCGACCGGCUUCGACUUUGGCAGCUCGCCCGACUCCCUGCAACGCCGGGGGAUGGGUGCAUCCAGCUCCUACAGCGGAGGUCUCACCGUCGAACACUCCACUCGCUCGCAGGAUGGUUCCCGCGACGACAACGACGAUAACUACCUGACGCCUGUGGGUUCGCCCGGCCAGGAGCGACAACUCAACGUGACGUACGGAUUGAUGACACGGGAACCGUCGACGGGUCGUCGCAAGGAGGGACGCACCUCAUUCACCGCCCCGGAGGGCGACGUACCUGUUCUCUCUCAGCCCGUGCCUCCCCGUCAUCGAGUGAGCCUGCCCCGGGUGCCGUCCGCGGGGUCAGUCGAGCCCAUGUCAGGCACGACGGCGAGCCAACCGCCUGAGUACUACAACUACCCGGGACAAUAUUACGACCCGGAAGACCCAUACGACCCGAACCAGCCGUUCGAGCUGCCCUCAAUGCACCCGACCGAGCCACGCGAGUAUCCAUCGCCAACGGGGACGACGCCGCAUUCAGAGACGGAGCCGGGACGGUUCGUUCCCCGACGGCCGUGAGCCAUGAUGAGUGAUGAUCUUUGAUUCUUGAUGUGUUACUAGAUACAUUCCUGUGCAGCUAGCUUAAUCUAUCGUACAUUAACUUACAAUACUCUAUCCAUCCAUCCCCCAACCAGCACGUAAUAUAGAGGAGAGGAGAUCACUUGGUCUCCUUCCACGGAUACCCAACCGGAUCAUCCUUGCGCACCCAAAUCUUCGUCUUCCUCUUAUUC